CUGCUCAAACUUCCCUUUUAUACCCUUUCUUUUUUAUUUUUAACAGCAACUUCAUCACGCCAAGCAAGCAUAUCCCUUGUAAAUAUUCCAUCUUUUUUACCCAAUAAAACCUACCCCCACUCCAUUGCUUGCCUUCACUACACACUUUCUUCAAUUCCAGUACUCCGAUGAAGUUCGGGAAGAGAUUGAAGCGGCAAAUUGAACAGAGUUUGCCGGAUUGGCGGGAUAAAUAUUUGACGUACAAGGAAUUGAAGAAACUUGUAAGAUUGAUUUCUUCUACUCCAUCUCCACCAUUGUUGAAGGCCGACAAGGAGGAGUUUAUGUACUGCUUGAACAAUGAGAUCGAAAAAUUUAAUGCCUUCUUCAUGGAGCAGGAAGAGGAUUUCAUUAUUCGCCAUAAGGAAUUGCAACAGAGGAUUGAUGGAGUGAUUGAUACAUGGGGACCAAAUGGGACUAAACCAUCAGAAUUUGAAUACGAAGAAGAGAUGAGGAAAAUCAGAAAAGACAUUGUCAAUUUUCAUGGAGAAAUGGUUCUCCUAAUCAAUUACAGCAACAUCAAUUACACCGGGCUGGCCAAGAUAGUGAAGAAGUACGAUAAACGAACAGGUGGUUUUUUGCGCUUGCGAUUUAUCCAAAAGGUCCUCGAACAACCAUUUUUCACAACCGAUCUCAUUUCGAAGCUCGUCAAAGAGUGUGAAUGCAUCAUAGAUACGGUAUUCCCGGCCGCUGCCUCGGAAGCAGAAGGGAUGCUUAAUGCUGAAAGAGAAGUAAUAACAGUGCCUGGAGAGGGAAUUUUCAGGAAUACAGUUGCAGCCCUGUUGACUAUGCAAGAAAUUAGAAGAGGAAGUUCUACUUACAGCCACUUUUCUCUGCCACCACUCAAUUUGCCAGAAUCUGAUAUAAUUCACUCCUUUCACCUAUACCAAUUCCCUGAUGAUAUUGCCAUUUGAAUUUGGGUCAAAAUGAUGAAUUACUCACAUUUCCCCCCUUUUAAGGUUUACAUGUUGCCAGCAAGUUAAAUAUUUGUGAUAUUCUGUAAAAUUAUAAUUUAGAAUGCUUGAUCGGUCGGACCAUAAGCACAAGUGCUCGAUUUCAUUUACGCAACAAAACAAAUUUCGAGACGAGAGAAAUUAAGUGCUUGUAAAUGGUUUGUUCAACAAAAUGUUUUCAAUUGUACAAGGUGAUGUGAGGAGAAGUUGAACUCGA